UUCUCCUUAUAUAUCUCUGUGGCUAAUUUAGGUAUAAAAUAUCGUGGCGCUUGGUGAAUACUGGGUAUAGCUACAGCUCUUGUCGUCGUUAGACGAUAAGAUUCUAUUUUGUUUUUUUAAUAAUAAUUAUCCGAUAUUGUAAUGCGGCCAAAAGAAAAUGGACCUAGAAAGUUCGGGUUAAAGGUGCCCUUACCGGAGCAUGCUGCGGAAAAGGGAAAAUACAUUAUAUAAAUCCCUGUAGAGCCUUACUGCGGUUAUAUUGAGAGAGAAGGCGAGGAGUCAUUUCUAUCUGCACAGACAAAACUUUUUCUGAAGAGUAAAACGAAACAGGACAAUGAAAUUAAGACUUUGAAGGAAAGAUUAGCAUCCAAGGAGCUUGAACUAAUAGAGUUAAGAGAGAAGUUGACGAAGUCUGAGGAAGAAAAAAUGGCCACUUUGGGUAAAGCUCAACAAGAGGGUGAUAUCAAAAGUCUGAUGGAGAAAAUAGCGUCGAAGGAAGCAGAACUCAGAGAACUAGGAGAAAAAUUAACGAAAUCUGAGCAAGAAAAGUCAGACGAGCUUGGCAAGGUAUGGGAGACAAUGACUGAGCUACAAUCAGUAAUUGAGGAUCGCGGAAAAUCUAUCGACAAGUUAGAAAAAGAGUUGAAAGACCAAGAGGCGAAACACAACAGACAGAAGAACACUCUCGAGCAGACGGUCGCUAAGAUGAAGGAAGUGAUGGAGAGGAAGGGAGGAGACGCGAACAAAGUCAACGCUAGGGUCGCUGAGCCCGAGAAAGAGCUAAAGGAAAAGACGAAGAGCGCCGAGAAGCUCGUCAAAGCGUCGGAGAAACGUGAAAAGGAAGUCGAUGCGCUGAAACGCGCGCUUCAAGACCAGGACCAGGUAAUGGAGGAACAACAAGAUGCACUGACCGAGCGACAGCUGGAGAUAGAGUCCCUCACAGAGGAGUUGCGUACACUUAAGGACCAGAACACGUCCACAAAUUCUCUCUCCGCCGAGAUUCGCCGACUAGAAGGCACGCUAUCCGUUUACAUCGAGGAAAAGGACCAGCUACAGCGGGAGCUCGAUGCGCUCAGAAAGACAGAGGCGGGAAUCGAGGUGUCAAAGGUGGAGAUCAGUCGAGAUUACGAGAUUGAGAAAAGUGAGAUCUUGGUAAAGCUGGAGCAGAAGGAAGGAGUGAUCGCCAAGAUGAAGACCCAGCAGAAGAGCUCCGACUCGGCCGCCGCCAAGGAGAAACGGCUGCUUAAACAGCAGUUAAAGGAGAAAGAAUUCGAGAUCAACAAACUCAACGAGAACUUGGAAAAGGUUAGGAUCGAUAGUUGUUGUUUUUUCUGGUGA